UCUGUGGUAUAAGGGAGCUUUAAAGGGCUGCAUGCCUACAAGCAGCUGCUCAUUCAAGCCAAACAGCUUUUUCAUUCCCUACAGCUCCGGAGGUAUGGGCAAGACCUAGUGUUUGGAAAUUCCAGAAGCACAUUUCUAAAUGGGAUUAACAGCGCUGUCUUUCACAUCCAAGGACUCGUUUUUGCAUCUGGAAUAUCAUCCGAGGUGUUUUCUGCCAUUUGUGGAAGAGAUGGGAUUAACCAGGUCUCAGAAAAGUUGGGAUUUCUGUUGAGACAAUCUGCACUGCAAUGCAUUGGAUUGCAUUACAAAGGAUGGAAGGAUAAGAAAAAAAGGCUUUAAAAAAAAAAAAGCUACAAAGGAAACAAACGGGUAAAAAAAAGCAUCUUAUAACAGGGAGAGGAAAUGCACAGAGCUUGGAUUCUUCUCAUUGUGAUAGAAGAGGGCUUUGCUCUGGCGCAAAAAAUCAGAGAGACACAGAAUGAAGAUGGACCUCCAGCCAAGAACGAGCAGUGUGGCAUCUGGACCAAAACCAUCAGCGGCGGCCAGUUCAUGUCCCCCAACUACCCGAACACCUACCCACCUAACAAGGAGUGUGUCUAUGUCCUAGAGGCUUUGCCUCGCCAGAGAAUCCAGCUGGUCUUCGACAAAAACUACUACAUCGAGCCCUCGUUUGAGUGCCGUUUCGAUCACCUGGAGAUAAGAGAUGGUCCCUUCGGUUUCUCCCCACUCAUCGAUCGUUACUGCGGUCCGAAGAGCCCUGGCGUGGUCACCUCCACCGGCCGCUUCAUGUGGAUCAAAUUCACCACCGAUGAAGAGCUCGAGGGCCUUGGCUUCCGCGUCAAAUACACCUACAUAGCAGACCCGGAUUUUAAAUUGCACGUGGGCGGACUCCUAAAUCCGAUCCCGGAUUGUCAGUUCGAGAUCAGCGGCUCAGACGGGUUUGUCCGCUCCAGCCAGGUGGAAGAGGAGGAAAAAGUGAAACCCGGCGAAGCUCUGGACUGCAUUUGGACGAUCCGAGCGCCUCCUCAUUCCAAGAUCUACCUGCGCUUUCUGGAAUACCAGAUGGAGAACUCGAAUGAGUGCAAGAGGAACUUUGUGGCCAUUUAUGAUGGCAGCAGCGCCAUCGAGAACCUAAAGGCAAAGUUCUGCAGCACGGUGGCCAACGACGUGAUGCUGGAGAGUGGAGUGGGAGUUGUGCGCAUGUGGGCUGAUGAGACGAGUCGUCUCAGCCGUUUCCGCAUGCUCUUCACCUCCUUCGUUGAACCUCCUUGCUCAGGAAACACCUUCUUCUGCCACAGCAACAUGUGCAUCAACAACUCUCUGGUGUGUAAUGGCGUGCAGAACUGUGUGUACCCUUGGGAUGAGAACCACUGCAAGGAGCGGAAGUCUAAGGGCCUGUUCCACCAGAUCACCAAGACCCACGGCACGGUUAUCGGCAUCUCCUCUGGCGUGGUGCUUGUUUUGCUCAUCAUCUCCAUCUUGGUCCAGAUGAAGCAGCCUCGUAAGAAAGUGGUGUCACGCCGUCCAGCUGUCUUCAACAAAUCAGGCAUCCAGGAAGUGUUUGACCCCCCACACUAUGAGCUCUUCUCUCUGCGAGACAAAGAGCUCUCGUCUGACCUCGCUGAGCUGAAUGAGGAGCUCGAAAGCUUUCAGAAGCUACGGCGUUCGUCCACGACGUCUCGCUGCAUCCAUGAGCACCACUGUGGCGGCACCGGUAGCGUAAAGCAAAACCGCAGCGCGCUCGGCUCCAUGGAGCUCUCGUAUCACAACGACUUCUCCAAACCGCCGCCCAUGAAGACCUUCAACAACAGCGGCCUGGGGAGCUACAAGAAGAGCUGCUACAGCUACAAACAGACUCACGAGUGCGCCGAGCAGGUCAUCGAGGACCGGGUCAUGGAGGAAAUCCCGUGUGAGAUCUAUGGAAGGGGCGGGGCCAUAGGUGGGAAUGUGGGAGGGAUUAUCGGUGGGGCUGUGGGUGGAGCUACAGGAAGCAUUGGAAGUGGAUGCAGCAGCAUCAGCAUCCGUAACCAUGGCGGUGUCCGUAGCAACAAUGCCACUAGCAUACCGGAUUCGAGUCAGCGCUCCAUUUCCAUGGACUUUUGAAAGACUGGAGGGAGUAAGUGGAGGAGGAGUAAAGGAAGAAAGUUAAAAACAGAAAAGACCGACCAUCACAGACUCUUUUACUCUCUAUUAUUUCUUGUAUGUCUAGUAACAAGUCAAGGCGUCUUUAAGAAAUCCAAUCCAGUCUCCUUGAUUUACUUCAACUAGACAUUCAGAGUGACCUUAAUGACUCAAACCCUUC